AUAAGUACACACAUACUCUCACUCCAUCUGACACUUUCUCACUUUCUCUUUCCAAAACAUCAUCUUCUCAUAAACACACACAGCAGCUGCAGAGUACUCACCACAAUUCUUCACGAAUGGCAUACAUACAACUCCUCCAACUCCAUGUUUGUUAACUAACGGUUUCUCAUUUCUUCUUUUUUAUUUCAUCUUUCUCAUCUCUUUUUAUUUUCAAACAUCAUUCCACCUUAACCCACAAAACCAACCUCCAGAAAAACAUAAAACCCAACAAAAAAAAGAUGAUUACUUGGAAAGAUCUAUACACUGUCCUAACAGCUGUUGUCCCUUUAUAUGUAGCCAUGAUCUUAGCAUAUGGUUCUGUCCGUUGGUGGAAGAUAUUCUCACCGGACCAAUGUUCCGGCAUAAACCGUUUCGUGGCCGUAUUCGCGGUUCCACUCCUUUCCUUCCAUUUCAUUUCCACCAACAACCCUUACGAAAUGAACUUCAGGUUCAUCGCUGCAGAUACACUUCAGAAAAUAAUCAUGCUCUUUGCCUUGUUUCUGUGGACAAAUUUCACCAAAAAUGGUAGCCUUGAAUGGAUGAUCACCAUCUUCUCUCUUACCACUCUGCCCAACACCCUCGUCAUGGGGAUCCCCUUGUUAAUCGCUAUGUACGGCGAUUACUCGGGCACCCUCAUGGUCCAAGUGGUUGUACUCCAAUGCAUCAUAUGGUACACCCUCCUCUUAUUCCUCUUUGAGUACCGCGGUGCAAAGCUGCUCAUCAUGGAGCAGUUUCCUGAAACCGCAGCCUCAAUUGUGUCAUUCAAGGUUGACUCCGACGUGGUUUCUCUUGACGGUCGAGACUUUCUUGAGACUGAUGCGGAGAUCCGAGAGGAUGGGAAGCUCCGCAUCGUCGUGAGAAAGUCCAACGCGUCAAAGAGGUCAUUCAUGAUGACCACUCCUCGACCAUCGAACCUUACUGGAGCUGAGAUUUACAGUCUAAGCUCCACUCCGCGAGGCUCCAACUUUAACCAUGGGGAAUUUUUCUCCAUGAUGGGUUAUCAGCCCAGGCAUUCUAAUUUCGGACCCAAUGAUAUGUACUCUGUUCAAUCCUCUCGUGGUCCUACUCCAAGACCCUCCAAUUUUGAAGAAAAUUGUACUGGAGUUACUGGAAGUUCCCCCCGAUUCGGGUUUUACCCGCAACCCAACCCGGAAUUCUCCACCACCACUACAACCAACACAAAAGCUUUGAUAAGCCAGAACCAGAAUUUGCAGCAACAGCAACAACAUCAGGCCGUUCCAUUAGCAAACAAGGCUGCAAAUGAUGCUAAGGAGCUGCACAUGUUUGUGUGGAGCUCAAGCGCGUCUCCGAUUUCGGAAAGUGCUGGCCUCAACACAUUUGGAACCUCCCAGCAACCGGAUCAGGAGGCUAAAGAGAUCAGGAUGAUGGUGGCUGAUGAGCACAGUAAUAAUCAAAGUAGGGAACCCACCAACAAAGAACUUGGUGGGGAAGAGUUCAAGUUCAGUGGAAAGGUGGGAGAAAAAGUAGUGGAGGAAGAGAGAGAGAAAGAGGGGCCCAAUGGUCUCAACAAGCUUGGCCCGAGGUCCGCCACAGAGCUCCACCCUAAGGCUGCUGGAGCCGCCGAGUCUGGCACCGGGAAACACAUGCCUCCGGCGAGUGUGAUGACCCGUCUCAUUCUUAUCAUGGUGUGGAGGAAGCUUAUCCGCAAUCCCAACACAUACUCUAGCCUCAUUGGUCUCAUUUGGUCCCUCAUUGCCUUUAGGUGGGAUGUGCAUAUGCCCAAAAUAAUAGAGAAAUCAAUUUCCAUACUGUCUGAUGCUGGUCUUGGCAUGGCUAUGUUCAGUUUAGGUCUUUUUAUGGCUCUUCAACCCAAGAUAAUUGCAUGUGGGAACUCUGUAGCCACAUUUGCCAUGGCUAUUAGAUUCCUUACAGGUCCAGCAGUAAUGGCAGCAGCUUCCAUCGCUGUUGGCCUACGUGGUACCCUUCUACAUGUAGCUAUUGUUCAGGCUGCACUUCCACAAGGGAUUGUUCCAUUUGUGUUUGCCAAGGAGUACAAUGUCCAUCCAGCAAUUCUUAGUACAGCGGUUAUAUUUGGGAUGCUAAUUGCACUUCCAAUUACUCUAGUCUACUACAUACUCCUUGGGUUGUAAAUAUCUAAUUCCAUGGUAAUCAUAAACAUACAAGGAAAAAUUAAGCUAAAGAUUUAAACCAUUUGAUACUUUGGGAGCUAGUAAACAUGCAUGGGAAGCACAGUGAAGUAUUAUUCUAUUCAUAAGGAGGAGAAUUUUUCCUUAACUAGUAAUUUCACCAACACAUCGAUGUUAUCAUUCCAAGUUACCAAAAUUUUGGAAACUUGUGAAAAAUUGCCACAUUUUGAAGAUGAUGGAAAUUUUGUACACCCUCAUUGAGGAAGUAGCGCAAGUAUAGAAUGGGAGGCAUAACACAGGAAAACAGGGGAAAGCUAAGCUAGUAGCUUAAUCAAAGUCAGGGAUAUAUAGAAAUGGUCCCCUCUCUAUCAUCAUAUACAAAUUUUAUGAGAAAAAUUGUUUAGGUUGUCAACUUCAAGAGAUGGUUGAAUAAGGUGAAGGGAAUGGUAAUGGAAAAUUAAGAUGAGGAAACAACAAUUUUUUUUCAACUUUUAAUGAUGAUUAUUAUUAUUGUUGGUCUUUUGUCUUGUGAUUGUCCAUGUAUCCAGCAAUUAUUUAAGUUUGAUGUCUACCUUUUGUUA